AGAUUUUUCUCUCCAAUUCUCUCUCUCUCUCUCUCUCUCUCUCUCCGGCAAGAGAGAGAAUCCAUGGCCUCAUCGGAGCUUCAGAUUUCAGGAGAAGAUCCGACCGACAGCGUCAGAAUCCCGGGAACCGUCCACCAGACCGUACAGCUCAUCCAAUCCAACGACCCCGACUCCAGGAUCCAGGCCGCGAGGGAAAUCCGACGGCUCACGAAGACAUCCUCGAAGCACAGGCGCCAGUUCUCCGACGCCAUCGGACCGCUCGUAUCGAUGUUGGCUUCGGAUAGCGUCGAUUGCAAGGAGUCUGCAAUUCUUGCGCUUCUCAAUCUCGCCGUCAAAGACGAACGGAACAAAGUUAAGAUUGUGGAUGCCGGAGCACUUGAACCUCUUAUUGGUUUUCUGAGGUCGCCCAGUUCAAACCUUCGAGAAUAUGCAACUGCUGCUCUACUUACUCUUUCUGCCUCUGCCAUGAACAAGCCAACCAUCAGCUCUUCUGGGGCAAUUCCUCUCCUCGUUAAUAUCCUCAGAGAUGGAACCCCGCAAUCCAAGGUUGAAGCCCUGAUGGCUCUUUACAAUCUCUCCACACUCCCUGAUAAUCUCGACAUCAUUCUGUCAGUCCAAGCCAUCCCCCCUCUAAUCAAUUUACUGAAGAGUUGCAAGAAAUCUUCCAAAACAGCGGAAAAAUGUAGCGCCCUCCUAGAAUCCUUGCUGGGUUUCGACGAGGCUAGGAAUGCAUUGACGGCUGAGGAGGGGGGAGUGCUCACGAUCGUCGAAGUGCUUGAGGACGGGUCACUCCAAAGUCGAGAACAUGCAGUUGGCGCACUUCUAACAAUGUGUGAGAGUGAUAGGUGUCGAUUCAGGGAAGCAAUUCUUAAAGAAGGGGCCAUCCCUGGCCUUCUUGAGCUCACUGUUCAGGGCACACCCAAGUCCCAAACUAAAGCAAAGAUGCUCUUGCAGCUUCUGAGAGACUCUCCUUACCCAAGGUCCGAGCUUCAGGCCGACACCAUAGAGAACAUUGUCAGCAACAUCGUCUCACAGAUUGAUGGAGAUGACCGGUGCGGUAAGGCUAAGAAGAUGCUGGCUGAGAUGGUGCAAGUUAGCAUGGAGCAGAGCUUGAGACAUCUGCAGCAGAGGGCAUUGGUGUGCACCCCAGCCGAGCUCCCACUUGCAAACCAUCCAGCCGAAGUUCCAUCUAAAUGAUUGUUUGGUUCACAGGUUUGGGUGUUCUUUGAUGAGGUGUUUGGGAGAGCGGUUUUCGAUAGCAUAGGAAUAAGAAGAUAGGAGAAAGAUGCAAUGCCAGUCCAGGCCAUGUUGGUACCAGGUGACUGGUGACUAUUGAAAUUUACAGUGUUUGGGUCCCCUUUCUUUUUUUACAUGUUUUCUGUUUUUGUUUAGUUAUGGCCUGUACAAUAAAUGUAACUGUUGUGAUAUAGAUAAUGAGAUCAUGUAGGUCAAGGAAAUUGUGUUAUACAGCAAUAAGAUUAGCAGGAAUUCAGAUUUUGCUUUGCAAAAGAAA